AUGCCGUACCGCCACAUUGAAACAUACCACGGGUUAUACUUGGCCACAUUCAGACCAGAAAGUGGAUCGAGAAAGACCGAUGGAGGCGAUUUGAUACAUGACCCUAGCCUAUCUCCGUCACAAAGCCAUCAAAUCGAUCCCAAGUCGUCGAACGAAGAAACGGAAACUCUGAAGCUAGUCAUCAUGCAUUUCCCUUCCAAUCUUACGAAACUUCAUCCUCUGCUGGUGAACGAGAAAACUGGAGAACCAUAUCUUCAACUUCCUUCUCCUCAUGAUAACAUACGCAUCACUCCUCCAAGGCUAGAUGAUGUAAAUGCCAGUGUGUCAUAUUUGAAUGAUCCUCGUAUCUACACACAUUUGGCCGGUCCUCCAUUUCCGUAUACCACCGAAAACGGAAUCCAAUGGAAUAAAAGG